UGAGUUGGGUCGCCCAUGCUGGUGAAGGAAGAUGGACGCUUUCGACUUGUUUCGUAGGCUGGGAGCAGGGGCCAGGUUUGAUUUGAAGAAGUUUGGCAAGGACGCCGAGAGGUUUAAGGUGGUGAAAUCCAAGAAAAGCGAGUGGACAGACUCCUCCAGCAGCGUGCCGGACUUCUUCAGCACAAACGGGAACAGCAGCGGCGUCCGGAGCAGAGAUGAGCACCACGUGGGCUCCAAGCCGGAGACGGAGGGAUCGCCCCCAGCCGGGAAGAGGAAGAGAGGAGCGGAGGAAUCUGGAAAGCAAAUGAGAAAGAAUCAAUCUCCAGAUGAUGAAGCUGACACUGGGGACUCUGAAGCCCCGGAGAGCGAUGGCAUCCUGUGGACAUCCUCGCUGGAUAAGAAGGCCAAGGGGCCGCCAGGAAAGAGCCAGAAGCCGUCCUGGAAGAGGCUGAAGCACCUCCACCAGGAGAAGGUCAAUGGUAUCAGGCACAAGCAUAAGAUUUACACCCACGGCUCAGACCUGCCGGACCCAGUCACCUCAUUCGAGCAGCUGCAGGAGGAGUACAAGGUCCACCCGCGCAUCAUCCACAACAUCAAGGAGGCCGGCUUCCAGGCCCCCACCCCCAUCCAGAUGCAGGCCAUUCCCGUCAUGCUGCACAGUCGGGAAGUGUUGGCGUGCGCGCCCACAGGUUCGGGGAAGACGGUGGCGUUCUGCCUCCCCAUUCUGUGCCACCUGAAGCAGCCCAUGAACAAAGGCUUCAGAGCACUGGUCCUCUCCCCCACCAGAGAACUGGCCAGCCAGACACACAGGGAGCUGGUCAAGCUGUCCGACGGUGUUGGCUUCAGGGUGCACAUGAUCCACAAAGGGGCCGAGGCGGCCAAGAAAUUCGGACCCAAAUCCUCCAAGAAGUACGACAUCCUGGUGACGACCCCGAACAGGCUGGUCUACUUGCUGAAGCAGGAUCCUCCAGCAAUCGAUCUCAGCAACGUGGAGUGGCUGGUAGUGGACGAGUCAGACAAGCUCUUCGAGGAUGGGAAGAGCGGCUUCAGGGAGCAGCUGGCUGCCGUGUUCAUGGCGUGCUCCUCACAUCUGGUGAAGAGGGCCAUGUUCAGCGCCACCUUCGCCCCUGACGUGGAGCAGUGGUGCAAACUCAACCUGGACAACCUGGUCUCCGUCUCCAUCGGACAGAGGAACUCGGCUGUGGAGACUGUAGAACAGCAGCUGCUGUUUGUGGGCACUGAAAACGGGAAGCUUGUGGCAAUGAGGGAUCUGGUUAAGAAGGGUUUUUUGCCUCCAGUGCUGGUGUUCGUGCAGUCCAUAGAGAGAGCCAAAGAGCUGUUCCACGAACUCAUCUACGAAGGCAUCAAUGUGGAAGUGAUCCACGCCGAGCGGACGCAGCAGCAGAGAGAUAAUGUGGUGAAGAGUUUCCGAGCCGGGAAGAUUUGGGUGCUGAUCUGCACAGCCCUCCUGGCCCGAGGGAUUGACUUUAAAGGGGUCAACCUGGUGAUCAACUAUGACUUCCCCACCAGCUCAGUAGAGUACAUCCACCGGAUAGGCCGAACUGGAAGAGCAGGGAACAGGGGUAAAGCCAUCACGUUAUUCACAGAAGAGGAUAAACCCUUACUAAGAAGCAUCGCAAAUGUCAUCAGGCAGGCCGGGUGCCCGGUCCCUGACUACAUGAUCGGAUUCAAAAAACUGCACAGUAAACAGAAGAACAGGCUGAUGAAGAGACCACCAAGGAGGGAGACGAUCCGGACCACCCCACUGUACCUGAUGAAGGGGAAGGGGAAAGGAAACGCGAAGCGAAAACCAAAGCAGAAAAAAAACAAAGAGGAGAAAGCAGAAAAGGCCCCCAGCGCCCCCGCAGAGACGAGUGCGAGUUGACAGGGCAGCCCGUCACCGUCACGACUGAACGAAUCUGGAAAUGUAUCGCAGCAAAGAGCAACCAAAUAAAGCAGACCUGGGUCAAUUACAGUUACAGCAGAGUUGUUUGAAAUUGCAAUCACAAAGCUAUUGUGUUCAAUUAGAAUUAUACUGCAAUAAUUAUAAUUACAAUUACACUAAAAAGUAGCACAAACCGCUCCUCACAUUAACAUGCUUAACUCUGUUUCUUCUAAAUAACCAGCAGUAAUAAUCACAGCUACAAAUACAGAAAUAGACUAUUAAACAACUUUUACUUAUUUAUUUUAAAACAAAUCGGGGUCACCAAAGGGGUUGAAAAUACAAGAAUAACGAUCGAAUGACAAAUACAGGCGUGAUUGAAACUGGGAUCGAUCAGUUACUUGAGAUAAUUAUAAUUGCAUUUACGCAGGCAUGCCCAGAUUCAACCACAGUUACAUUGCAAUUAAUUAUGCACUGCACGAUUCCAGUUAUAGCGGUGCCCAGGUGUGAUAUAAAGAUAACUACCCCAGUGCUGCAACAGCUCCUGGGGCAGGGCUCUGGGGUUUGCAGUGCCUGUAGACAGCAAGGCGCUGCUGGAGCUACCUCUACACUCUUUAUAUAGCAGUUCAAACACUGUGGGAUAAGUGGCUGCUGAAUGAAAGUGUUCAUUACAGACAGAAUCAUUUUAUACUUUGUUAUACACCUUGUGUUACUGUUGCUCAGCAGACUGAUAAUUAGAGGUACAGUAUGUAUUUAUUAACUGUAGUAAAACCAGAUAUUAGUCUGGCAUUCAAUAGGUGAGUAAAGGAGGCAGUGUGAUUCAGCAAUCAGAAAUGUUACUAAUGCAGGUUUCACUGUCAUUAAAAAGCCACCUUCCUUCAAAGUCUGAAA